AUGAGUGCUAUCAUCUCCUAUAUUCUUUCUUUUUUCUUUCUUUCUUUCUUUCUUUCUUUCUUUCUUUCUCUUUCUUUUUCGAGGGCUUCAUCUCUCCGCUAUAUUCUUUUUUCUUUCUUUUUUCUUUCUUUUCUUUCUUUCUGCUUUCUUUCUUUCUUUCUUUUCUUUCUUUCUUUCUUUCUUUCUUUCUUUCUUUCUUUCGUUAACAUAUUCUUUCAUUUUCAUCUCCACUUUUCUUUUCUUUCUUUCUUUCUUUCUUUCUUUCUUUCUUUCUUUUUCGUUAACCAUAUAGAUUGCUAUCAUCUCCACUAUAUUCUUUCUUUCUUUUUCUUUCUUUCUUUCUUUCUUUCUUUCUUUCUUUUCUUUCUUUUUUCUUUCGUUAAACCAUAUGAGAGUGCUAUCAUCUCCACUAUUUUCUUUCUUUCUUUCUUUCUUUCUUUCUUUCUUUUCUUUCUUUCUUUCUUUUCUUUCAGAGUGCUAUCAUCUCCCACUACAUUCUUUCUUUCUUUCUUUCUUUCUUUCUUUCUUUUUUUCUUUCUUUUCUUUUAA